CAUACAUGGCUGAGCUUUCGGUCCACGAUUGCGACAUCAUCGCACAGCAUCCUCUAAACGACUCACUUUACCGAUUACAAGAUCUACUUCAUGAGGCGGAACAAAAUUAUAAUGACACCACUGACCAUCAGGAUGAAAUUUGCCAACAGGCAAUAUCGAAACUCCUUAUCACCUUGAUGGGGGAGAAAGCCGCGUUCAAACUUGGCUCACGAACCGGCGAUGAAAACCUUGCUUCCGAUCUCGCCAGUUUAUUCAAGCGCCUCCAACAAGGCCACCUCAUCUACAACCACUGCCGAGCGUUGGCGCAGCUCGUCAUCCAAAAAGACCUGGACGUCCAUAUCUGGAACGCCGUCUUUUGUCUUAUUGACGCCGUCUCGCGAGGCACUCCCCCUCCUCCUCCUCAUCCUACAUCAUCGAUCCAACAGACGCCCUGGCUGCGCAACACUAGCAGUUUCGCCAAUUCUACAGAAUAUCGAAAGCACGUUGACAUUGUGCUCAAGGAGGAACUUGGGGAGAUACACGUCGACAUCCCUAGAUUCUUUGACGCGUACUUUGGAGACAUUCCACAACUCACUGCAGUUUCACAAGCGGUGUUGGAGGAGUGCAAGAAGGGGAACAGCCCACUUUACUGUGAAGAUGAGGGCUGGAAGGGCUGGCCUGAACUUGCAGCAGAAAAAGAUGUCGACCAUAGACCUCUCGCACAGCCAAGCCAGCCACUACAAGGGUCUGUCGCGGAGAGAAAGCUCGAUGUCGGCCUUGUCAAUGAUCUGACAGCCACAGUGGACUCGAAAUGUCACUGGUCACAAAUCCUGGUGCCAGGGGAGCUGAAGAACGACCCGAAAUAUGACAGGAAAUCCGGUGCAUGGUUUGAUCUUGACAGGUACGCCCGAGAGGUCCUCGCUGCGCAGGACACCCGUCAUUUUGUGCUCAGGUUCACCCUCUGCGGGCAGUUCCUACGACUGUGGAACUUUGACCGCCUGGGCGGAAUCGCGUCAGAGGAAUUCAACAUCAAUCAGAAUGACCUUCAAUUUGUGUCUGUUAUUCUUGGAUUCCUCUUGAUGAGCCGGAAACAGCUUGGGUUUGAUCCUACCAUCGUCGCGACCGGGACCGAACGGUAUAUUGAAAUUGAUAGGAAUGGUACAAAGGAACGGCUGAUUAUCAAUGAGACUGUUGGACGAGCACGUUGUGUUGCCGGACGAGCCACAACCUGCUGGAAGGUAUACUGUGAGACAGACAAAUUACGGACGCCACUGGUUGUCAAGGACUCCUGGCAGUAUCCAGAACGCACUGAGGAAGGAGAGUUGCUGCGAGAGGCGAUGAUGAAGGGGGUCAAGAAUGUCGCAAGGUAUUAUCACCAUGAGACCGUUCGCAUUGACAACAAGGAUGAUGAUGUCUUGACUAUCAGAAAGGGCCUCGGUAUUCCGAUUUCAAAAGAUGAGAAGGGUGGCUUUAACGCGAGAGUGCGGCGUAGUAGGGCUCAAAGAGGAAAAAAGAGCCAGGGCAGCACCGCCGGCCAGAAGCGAUCAUCUGACUGCAUGGACAAGGCAUUUCCUCCUCCAAGUAAGCGUAUCCAGUCAAGUUCUCCAUCCAAAUCUGCAGGUGACUCAGCCCCAUUCAAUCGAGUUCACCGCCGUGUCGUUAUCCGGGAUUACGGGAAACCAAUCUAUGAGAGUAGUUCGAAGGCUAUACUUCUCACUGGGCUGGCCCGCUGUAUUGAAGGAUACAUGUCACUCCAUGAUGAGGCUGGCCUCAUUCAAUGCGACAUUUCCCCCCGGAACCUGAUGGUGAAUGAGGACAAGAAUAACCCAUCAUGGCCUGCCUUUCUGAUCGACCUUGACCUGGCAAUCAAGUUAGAACGGGAUGGGUCUUCCGGCGCACGGGGCAAAACGGGCACCAGAGCAUUCAUGGCCAUCGGUGUCUUGUACGGUGAAAAGCAUUGUUUCAUGCAUGAUCUGGAGUCAUUCUUCUGGGUUCUUUUCUGGAUAUGCAUUCACUAUGAAAGCCCAGGGAAGGGGAUCACUGUCAAACGGUUUGAGAAAUGGAAUUAUAUGAGUACUGAAGAGCUGGCGGCUGCGAAGCAAGGAGUGAUAAGUGAGGAGGGGGAUUUUCUUCGAAUUGCACAAUACUAUUUUACUCCGUAUUAUCAAUCAUUGAUCCCUUGCGUCAACCGAUUACGGCGCCUUGUCUUUCCAGACGGCGGACGGUGGAAGAAACCAAAUUUCAACCUAUCCCAGAACAUGAUUGGAACACUUCAGCAUGCACAGGAUAACUCAGAUGCUGUAAACUAGUAAAGAUUCUGUGUAUUGAUAGCGUGAAUUCUCUUUGUUUUGUCUUUUAAUAUAGCAUCUUUGACGAAGAGAUUGAUUUUCUAGAAGUCAUACGAGGUGUACUUAUGAGAUUGUUGGAAUGCCGCAAGGCCCAAAAUAGUUAUAUGAUCCUACGCGAUGAUAGUUGAGCUCUAAUUGAUACUAAAUAGAAUUAAUGAUUGCUCUUGUUCGUGGCGAAUUAUGUCCACUCCACUUAGACGGCUUACUAAAUCGCUAGAUGAUCACAAGGAUAUAUAAGCCCCAGCAAAUAUUUCAUGAAAAAAGAUGGGAAUAAGUUUGAACACUAAUAAAUAUCUGGAGGUGGCCGCAGUCCAAAGGUAUGUUGGUUUUCAGGAGCUUUUUAAUGCACGUUAUGAGAAACUGCCGCCACGAUAGUGAACCGAGAAGUAGCCGUAU